AAAGAACAACAAUUUUAAACAGAUUCUACUCAUGCCUCGUCUAAAUAUUUGUAAAAUAAACUGUAUAAAGAAAAAAUAAUCCUUGAAGAAAGCAGAAGUAAAAGAAAAAAAUUAAAUGUUUAAAGAAACUGCUCUCGACUAUUGUUAAAAGCAAACAAACAAAAAAAAAUGUUAAAAAUUAAGCCCUUAAAAUGGCUGGUGUAUCAACGAAAAGAAUUUUAUUAAAUGGCUUUGUUAAACUAAAGAAAUUAAAUCCUUAAAUCCAUUAAAUAUCACAAAAAUAAAACGCAAAAACUUGAAUCUACAUAAACCUUAAAUAAGCGACACUUGAAACAUUCCUAUCAAAUUUCCUAGGAAAUCAACUCGGAUAAAUUCACUAAAGUGACUAUUUAAAAAAAAAGAAAACAUCUACUCCCCCUAUAUCUUGUUUUUAUACUCUUACUUCCUUUUAUUACGCUUAGCUAAUAAUUACCAUUUCCUUUCAAUCAUUCCCCGGUUUUUUUUUUGUUUUGAGUCUCUACUUUCCUGCUGCUCUUUCCUUCCUUCAUUACUUCCAACAUCUUCCAUAUAGCCCUUUUUCUUCAUCCUGAGCAAGUAACACUAUGGUUGAGAUACAGAAACCCAAUUCAGCUUUAAAACGUCCAUCAUUGAAACGUGAAACGGUUGUUGUCAAUAAUAGUGCACCCAUGAAGAAGGUUACGCUGGUGCCAAAAGAGGAGGAACUGGUGGCCAUUUCCCCCGAAAGGCGUAAUUGGCGUGGUAUUUUUAUAGCGUUACUGGUUAUAGCAGCCGUAUUUAGUUUAAUUAUAUUCUCCAUAUUUUUAUUAUCGCCAGAGGAUGAAGGCCUACGCAUACGUGGCAGCAGAUUAACAAUUAGUGAUAUUUUAGGUAAACGCUUUCAAUUGAAACCAUUCAAUGGCACUUGGCACAGUGACACUGAAUUAGUAUUUCGUGAUCCCAGUGGAGGUCUAUCAAUAGUAAAUUUAGAUAAUUAUACAACACGAGUUUUUAUGACCAAUUCAACAUUUCGCCAACUGAAUGCUGAAACAUAUUUAGUAGCACCAGAUCUUAAAUAUGUGUUGCUGCAGUCCGAUAGUAAUGCGGAGGGCUCAAGGCAUCAUGUCUAUGAGGUACUAACAGCAAAUACAUUUCCCUUGGGACCAACUGAAAAUAUAGCAGAGGCACCACGCCUGCAAUUUGUUGUAUGGGCUCCUUACAACAACCAUUUAGUUGCAAGUAUUACUGGUGGUGCCACUUCAAAUUCCCUUGCCUCUUCAUCCUCUUCCACUAACACACCAUCAACUCCAGUGCCCACGCCCACUAGCGGUAGUCCUCUAUUGAAUAGUCUAGGCAGUGGGGCAAGUGUAGCGAAUUUAGUUAAACCUCCGCCACCCAUACAGCUGCAACAACAAAAUCAAGAUGCCUCAACACUAAAUAAUGGUUUGUCGAAAGCUUUGGCCCAAAAUCAAGCCAUCGCUUUCGUCCACGAAAAUGACAUCUACUAUAAACCUAAAGUUCAGGGAGAACUUGUGUGUCGCAUUACAACAACAGGUCAAGCUGGCAUUGUUUACAAUGGCAUACCAGAUUGGACAUAUGAAAAUGUACCGGAAUUGGAUAGUCGUGGCGGUAGUAUGGCAUUUUCACCGGAUGCAUUAUAUUUGGCAUUUCUUACAUUUAAUGACAGUGAUGUCAGCGAAUACAAAUACACUUGGAUGGGUGAUGAUUUAAAAUAUCCAGCUGUUCUCACACAACGCUACCCGAAGGCAGGCUCUGCUAAUCCCAAUAUAACAGUUAAUAUCGUUAAUCUAUCCGUCCUCAAAUACAUCUUCCCCACACAAAUCAAACUUCCACCAGAACUGGCUAAUGGCAGCUAUAUUGGUGGCCUGACAUGGGCCACGCCCAUUGAUCUCUCGGUCACCGUAACAAAUCGCGCACAAACCAAAGCCCAUACGGUGCUUUGUAGAGCUCCCGAAUUUCUUUGCAACAUCGCACACACCGAAGUAACGGUCAAUGAUGGUUGGGUGUUGCCGGCGGAACGGCCCAUAUUUUCGGCCAAACUAAAUAAUCAAUUGAAAAAUCAAUCCAAUAGCACAAAUAUUAACGAAAGCUUCCAGAAUAUAACGAAUGGUCAAACAACUUAUGAAAUACCCAAUGGUGGAUAUUUACUUAAACGUCUUCCGGUGCGAGAUGGUGAACAUGGGCAUUUUCGUCAUGUGGUUUUUAUUUCAUCGGUGGAUCGUAGACCGGUUCCCCUGACAAUGGGCCGUUUUGAGGUAACCGAAAUUGUUGGUUGGGAUGAGGCCAAUGAAAUUGUCUACUUUAUGGCUGCUCCUGAGAAGCGACCUGGUGAAAGGCACCUCUACAAGAUCAGCCUUAAGUUGAAUGUUACAAAAACGAAUCGCACCUACAUCACCUCAUCGCAACCCACAUGUCUGACGUGUGACAAUACGCCCAGCACAUUUAAACUGAACAAUGGUCGCCCGGCCAAAGAUCCCCAAGAUGUGGACGACGACGAAGAGGAAUGCGUCUACAUUAUACCCAAAAACUGUCUCUACAACAAAGUCUAUUUUAGCAAAGAUUUUUCGUACUAUGUCCAGGAAUGCUUGGGUCCCGAAUCGCCCAGUGUUUAUUUGGUAGACACCCAAACCAAUCUGAAGACAAUCGUUCUGAAUGCUGGCGACAGUUUAAGACAUCGUCUGCUGCAGUAUGCUCUACCCCAGAUAAGAACGUUUAAUGUGGAGAUACGUCAUGGUUUUCAUGCUCAGGUGAAACUGUUUCUGCCACCCGGCAUGAAAGAGGACGAAGAUGUGGCUUUUCCCUUGAUUUUGCAAAUCGAUGCUUCGCCCGGCUCACAAUUGGUUAACGAACGCUUUCAAGUAAAUUGGAAUUGGUAUUUGUGUAGUCAGCGUUCCUUUAUUGUGGCGCAAAUUGAUGGACGUGGUAGUGGCUACCAAGGCGAACUGCUGCGUACCCAAGUUCACGGUAAACUUGGUACGGUAGAAGUAGAGGAUCAAUUAGCAGUAUUAACUUACCUGCGUGACAAUUUGAAAUUUAUUGAUCCCUCACGUAUCUGUGCUUAUGGUUGGGGUUAUGGUGGCUACGCCACAGCCAUGACUUUAAUCGAUGAUUCCCAGCAGGUAUUGCAAUGUGGUGUCGCUGUUAAUCCUAUAGCAUCAUUUGGUUAUCAUUAUUCCUUUUUCACGGAACGUUACAUACCGCUCAAAGGCGACUAUUUGCGGGCGCUGCAAGAAGCCGACUUAACAAUGAAAGCUGGCAACAUUAAGGGUAGAAAUUUAAUGUUGAUUCAUGGCACAGCUGAUACAUUUGUGCAUCAGGAUCAUACGCUGAUGCUGGUGAAAGCUUUAGUGGAUCAGGAAGUUAAAUUUAGGCAUCAGGUGUAUCCUGAUGAAGAUCAUUUAAUGUUAAAAUCCUUAAAUCAUGUCUACCAGACCAUGGAAUGGUAUUUUGAUGAUUGUUUUGGUCCCAACGAUGACAGUGAGUGGGAUCCAACUGGGCUGUUUGUGUUCAAACAAUAAUUGUUAAUGUUAGCAACCUUUUAAUUAUAACAUUAAUUAGUAAUUAAUUAGAACAUUUUAAUUAAUUUUUAUAUUAAAAAUGAAAACAGAACAA